AUGCCUCCGAAGAAGCGACCUGCCGCGAUCGCGGCUGAUGAUGACGAAGAAGAGCCUCGGAAGAGUCGGAAGGGGUUCAAGGAAUGGCACAAGCUGCGAGAUGCUCUGUUGCCGUUCAUAGACAAACGAUUUUUUACUUCGUACCCCACGGAUCGCUCAAUCGCGAAGAUCGACAAGAAGCUCUUCCAGGGCAUCUUGAACAACUGCAGACAGUUGAGUCCUACGUGGAACUUUCCGGAUACCGUCAUCAAGAAAGCCUUGCUAGGGGUGCUAAAGCACGAGGACAUUACUGGCAAGCAGCGAGAUCAGAGCCGUGAUCCACCGAAGGCACAGCCGAAGGCACAGCCGCAGGAUGAGGUGGCCUGUGAAGACAUGGAAGCAGCGGCGGCUUUCCUGGCCAACGAUUGGUUUUUGAACACGCUGGAUGGGAUGAUGGGCGGCUUUGAUCCAUCGGCUAGUGGUGCGAGCUACCUUUCGCCGACUCCUGGUCCAAGUCGACGCCGAGAGACGCAGCUGCUGGAGAGCCCAGCCGCCGAGGAGCCGCCUCGGAACAAGCGAAAAGCCGACGAAGAACCGAAGCCCGAGAACAACAAGAGAAAACCUAGUCUGAAGAAGAUGAGCGCUUUUGUGGACGAGAAGGACAAAGACGCCGAGAAAGACUCCGAAAAGCAGUCCAACGAGAAGACCCGCAAGAAGCAGUCCGACAAGAAGGCCCCCGAGAAGCAGUCCGACAAGAAGGCCCCCGAGAAGCAGUCCAACGAGAAGGCCCCCGAGAAGCAGUCCGAGAAGGCCCCCGAGAAGCAGUCCAACGAGAAGGCCCCCGAGAAGCACUCCGACAAGAAGGCCCCCAAGAAGCAGUCCGAGAAGGCCCCCGAGAAGCACUCCGACAAGAAGGCCCCCGAGAAGCACUCCGACAAGAAGGCCCCCGAGAAGCAGUCCAAGAAGGCCCCCGAGAAGCAGUCCAACGAGAAGGCCCCCGAGAAGCAGUCCGACAAGAAGCCUGGCGAUAUCUGGUGGGACUACGAGAUGCAACGUGCCUGCCUCGAAAGCCAGACCGGCCCGGUGUUUUCUUCGAAGCCCUUUGUGAAAGAGGAUGAGGUUUUCGUUCAAUUCCCCGAUGGUCUUAUGUGGUCGGUUCCGCACCUCGUGCCUGCAGACCUAGAGAGUGGUCUUGGUUUGCCGGCCCCGACUGUUCCCGAACAGAAGCCCAAGGCGACAGCCAGCAAACGCAAACCGAAGGCCGACAAACCUAUCGAGGACUAUGUGUACUCGAUAAUCCGCUGCAAGUACUGCACGCAAGGCUCCAAGAACCCCCUGAUCAAGGUCGAGGCUCGCGAGGAUCGCCACGAUGCCACGAGCAGGUGGGUUCAGAAGCUCCAGCUGGUUAUCCGGACCGGCCUCAGUGUGAGGAAAGCGAUGCACAUCGCCAUGACCUUCGCCGAUUGCUAUGUGUACAUGAACUUGAAUCCGGCGGAGAUCAACUACAGAGGCUGUCGAGAUGAUCUACUGGCUCACGACCACGAUUGGGAAGCUUCAGCUUUGGAUUGGCAAACUGUCAAUUCGCUUGGCCUGAAACACUUCCCGAAGUCGCCGAAAGAGUCGCCUAUCAAGAUCCCGAAGCCCAAGCAGACCCAGAUCGUGGAUGACCAGGCCAAGAACGAGCCGCAGGGAGAUGAUGAUGAUGAUGCCGAGGGAGAUGAAGAAGAAGAUGGGGAACAUGACCCUGCAGUAGAGGAAGGUUUCUAG